AUGGAAAAGGCAUUCGACGAGAUCAAGCAGGUCGCGGCCCAGGACGACCAAACUCGUCGGUCCACGAUUACAGCGCUGCGCGAUCUUGCCAACUCAUUGGAGACGACCAAUGACACCAUCCACCGAUAUGGACACAUGAACUUACAGACGGCAACGGUGAAAAUAGGCAUCGACCUGGGUCUCUUCAAGCUAUUGGCCCAGUCCAGCUCGCCGCUGAGCGUGGAGGAGCUGUCCCAGAAACUAGGCACUGAUCCGGUCCUUGCGAACCGCAUCAUUCGAUUCCUCACCUCCAUUGGCGCCGUCCACGAGGCGGGCAGAAACCAGUUCACUGCAAACCACGUCACCAAGAACCUGUCAGAGAACCUUGCUGAAGCAGGACUCUCUCACUACUUUGGAACCGCGUCGCCCAUGUACCAGACUCUACCUGCCUUUCUCAAGAAGACUGAGUACAAAGACCCGGCUGAUGAGCUGAACACGUCCUUCCAGGACGCCUUCAAUACGGAUCUUCCCGUGUUCCCCUGGUUCGCGAGCCACCCAGGCCACCUCGCACCUUUCAACGACUAUAUGAGACUCCGUCGCAAACCCGACGUCUCAUGGUUGACUGUGUACCCGGUGGCUGACGAGAUCAAGGACUGGAGCCCGGAAAAGGCCAUCUUUGUCAAUAUUGGUGGCGGCGUGGGCCACCAGUGCGCCGAGUUUAAGCAAAAGUUCCCCGAUGCGCCUGGCAAGGUCAUUCUCCAGGAUCUGCCGGCCUCAAUUGCCAAAGCUCUGCCUACGCCGGGCGUUGACAACACCGUUCAUAACUUUUUCGAGCCGCAGCCGGUCAAGGGUGCCAAGUUCUACCACCUAAGAGGCGUGCUACACAACCACCCGCCACACAAGGUGCGCAAGCUACUCGAAAACACAAAGUCAGCCAUGACCGAGGACUCGGUGAUCCUGAUCGACGAGAUGAUCUUUCCCGAGUCCGGUGUGCACUACGACGCAGCGUCUAUUGACGUGACCAUGCUGACGGCCUUUGCCAGCAUGGAGCGAACCGAGGCACAGUGGCGCAAGACCUUGGCUGACGUUGGGCUGGAGUUGGUAAAGACUUAUACGUACAACCCGGUGAGCUAUGAGAGCGUCAUGGACGUGCGGCUGCCUAAGUCUUCGUAG